AUGAAAAAUAAGUAGUAGUAGAGGCAAGAGUAUUUAGUUUAAGUGUAAGUUAUAGAAGUAAGAGAUCUUAAAGGUGGAGAUAAAACUGGAGCUUGUGAUCCUUUUGUAAAGAUUUCUGUGGGUAAUUUGCCUCCUUAAGUAACUACAACUAGAAAGGCUGCGAAUACUGCUGUGUUUAACCAAUCAUUUACAUUCACUGGGUUAUUAAUGAACUCAAUAGAAUUCGAAAGUUUUGAGAUUAAAAUUGAAGUUUACGAUUUAAAACAAUUUGGAUAAAAUCAACUUAUUGGUAUUUACUCAGUUGGAAUAUCAACUCUCUACAGGAACCCUGCUCAUGAAAUCUUUAAUACUUGGUUACCUUUGGUUCAUUCUAAACAAGGAUUAGAACCAUAAGGAUUUUUAUUAGCAUCUGCAUAUGUUAUAUCACCUACAGAUCGUCCACCUGUUCAUGAUAUGAAUGAAAACAAUGUAGAGGAAGAACCUGAUGAAUUUGGUGGUGUUCCAGAUGAUUAAUUGAAUCCAGAAUAAUUAUAAGCAAGAAUAGAGAGAAAAAAUAGAAUUGCUGUUGUUUCUAAACCUGAAAUUAGAGGAAAAUCUUAUUAAUUAAUGGUUAAUAUUGCAAAAGCAGAAGAUUUAGCAUUGAUGGGUUAUCCAACUCUUGAUAGUUUUAUAUCUGUAAGAGCAGGAGGAACAGCACAAAUUACAUCUGUGAUGAAAAAUCAAUAGAAACCAUAAUAUUUAUCUAGAUUGAUGUUCCCAUUACAUUUUCCAUUUUUUAAUGAUAAAAUAGUUGUAAGAGUUUGGGAUAAAAGAACUAUGGCAACAGAUACUUUUAUUGCUAUGAUUCCAGAAGUCCCAACAGAAAACGAUUAUUUUAAUAUCAAUUUUUUAUAGAGUAAAGGAGGAACUAUGCCUUUUAGAUGGUUUAAUUUGUAUGGAAUACCUUAAGAUGAAAGACCAGGUGGAUUUCAAUAGGCAUUUUUGGGUUAUAAAAAAAGUAUUAUUGGAACUGACUUUAUGGGUAGAGUUUUAAUGUCAAUAAAUCUUACAUAAAGUGAAAAGCCUGAAUUAAUGGUUGUUCCAUUAACAACAUAAAGAGAACCUCCUAUUGAUAAAUAUUUAUUGAGAUUUGAUACAUACGAAAUUUAGGAAGCAAAAGAUUGUGGAGAGAAGAUUAUAGUAAAAUUCAAAGUUGGUGGAUUAGUCUUUAAAUCAAAUGAAGCUUAUAUUAAGACAGAAAAGAAAAGUAAAUAUAAAUAGAAGGCUUAGAGUGAAAAUAAAGAAAUUUAAGGUAUCACUUAUACAUGGGGGAAAUAAAUUUAAACUAAAGAUGAGAAAUUAGAUUUACCUGCUGAUCCUCAAUAAAUUCCAGAUUUGAUUGUAUCGUUACAUAAUGAAAAAGGGAAAAGAGUUGCUUAUUUGAGAAUUCCAUAUUCAGAUAGAGAUUUAGAAAUAAAUAGACCUAAAUGGUAUACAUUUAAAAGUGUGAAAUAAACAGAUAAUAAUGAUAUACCUCACAGUUUUUUUUUAGUUAACAUAAUAUUUCGAAAUGAAAGUACUGUGUUUAAGAUUCCUAAAAUUAUAGUCAAGAGAGAUUAAUAAGUAUAUUAUCAUUUGUAUGCAUAUUUUUAUGCAGGCUAUGAUUUAUGUCCAGAUCUGUAUUCAGAAGAAGUUUAGGGACAUUUUGUAAUGAAAAUAGGUGGUCAAUAUUUAGAAUUAGAUAAAUUAUAAUAAGGAAAGAAUCCAAUAUGGAACAAGGCAUUUGAAAAAAUUGUGAAAAUUGAUUAAAAUCUUGAGUUUGCAAGUAACAUAAUAAUAACAUUUACAAAUUAAAAGAAAACUGGUUCAUGGUUUAGUAAUAAUCAUAUUGGAGAUAUUUGUAUUCCUGCUCUUGUUUGUAAAUAUGAAGGUGAUCCUAUCUUUGCAUUUCAUCACAUAGUCAAUUAAGGUUAAUCUGCUGGAAGAAUUUUAGCAGCAUUUAAAUUAAAAGAAUUAGGCAAGAAUAAAGAAGCCUAUUCAGAAUAACCAACUCCUAUAAUACCUUAAGAAGGUUUUACUUAAAAAUGGGCAUAAUUUCCAGUAUUUGGAGUGAGGAAUUUAAAAUAGAAAAUGAAAGAUCCAAAAUUAAUAGUGUAAGUACCAAUUCCAUUUAAUAUGGUUGAUCCAACUAUUGAGAAUGCAAGUUAUUAUAAUAGUGAGCCUUGUGAUAUUAUAUAGGCUUAAAAAGAUUUAUUAGAAAAUGAUAAAAGUUGGUUUGGAGGAGGUAUAUAAGAUCCUGUCUUUUUAAAAUUAGUAAAUUUAAAAGUUUAUUUACCAGAAGAUAUUAAAUUCUAUCCACAAUUAGAAAUUUAAUUAUCUGAUUCAUUUAAUAAAAAUGAAAGAUAUAUAUGUUCAAUUCCUUUAAUUGAUGUUGCUUAGACAAAGGAUUAAAUUUUAAUUGAUGAAGCAAGGAAUUUUUUUGAAUAAGGAAGAAAUUUUGAUGAUAUAUAGUUAAAUGCUGGUAAGAAUGAGGAUUUGUAAGAAGAUAAUGAGAAUGUUGUUGUAAAUAAUGAUGUAGCAUCAUAAAAAUAAUUAGAUUAAAAAGACACUAUUAUGCCAAAAGAAACUCAACCUAAAGAAACUAUCAAAUAAAGUAUUGCACCUGAAAAGAUGAGUUAAUAAAAAUAGAGUAAUUAAUCAGGUAAAUCUCAAAAAUAUUCAACAAUGUCAAAAUUAAAUGUUAUGUCAGAUAGACCAGAUUUAAAAAUAAAAUCUAAUCUAAAAAAUAAAGGUAUUUAGAAUGUUGAAGUUACUGAGAUGACUCAUCUUACAUUGGAAUUAGAGGAUAUUAUAGAGAAGAAGAAAGAAAAUAGAGAAAAAGAAAAGAAAUUAUUAGGAAUGAUUAAGACAUAUAAGACAAAAUAUAAGAAGUUUGAUUAAUUAAAAUUACUUAUUAAAAGAGAAGUUGAAAAACUAAAAGGAGUUGAAAUAAAAGAAACCAAUUAUUUUAAAGGAACUAAUGAAGUAGAUGAAGAUGAAGGUUAUGAUUAUGGUAGAGAGGUUUUAAAAGGUCCAUAUGAAGAAAAAUUAGCACCAAAGAUUCCUUUUAGAAGAUUUGCAUUGUAUCGAUUAUCUACAACUAAAUAUGGUUUAAUUGGUAAUCCAACUGAUGCUAUUAUUAAAGGGGAUAUUAGAAUUUCUGAUCAUUGUGGAACUAUAAUUGAUAAUUAAAAAUUAUCCAAAAAAUCUAAAAUGUCUAAGACUUCAAAAAAAAAAUCUUCUGUAAAAGAUGUACCAGAAAAACCAGAUGAUUAUUCAUUUAAUCUAUUUGAUGAGGGUUUUCUUUAAUUUUUCAAUUAACCUUAUAGAUUAAAAGUUAGAUUAUAUAUAUUAAGAUGUCUUAAUUUAGCAGCAUAAAAAUAAGAUAUAGAUGCUUAUCAUAAAAUGGCUGGACUUUCAGCUGUUUGUUCAGCAGAUUCUUAUCCAGAAAUAUUUAUUGGAGAAAGUGGACAUGAUAAUCAAGAUUUAAUUAAACACAUCACUGAUUAGGAUAGACCAAUUGAAAAUACAUUAAGUCCUAAUUUUUUUAGAAUGUAUGAAUUAGAUGCAGAAUUACCUACUGAUUGGAAAAUGAAAUUACAUAUUAAAAGUAAAGGAAUGUUUGAUUCUGUUAUUGGUAGUAUCCAAAUUGAUAUAGAAGAUAGAGUAGUUGGUGAAGAAAAAUUAAAAUAAAGAAUAGCUUAUACUGUCUUUAAAGAAAGGUUUGAAACUGAAAAAGAAGCUUUAAAAUAUGAUGAUAGUCAAAAUGCUGAAAGACGUAAAGGUUAUCUUUCAGGAUAAAUUACAGAUUUGUAAUAAAGAAUUGAAAACUUUGAUAAGAAGUUUAAGGUUCCUGUUGAAUAUAAGGAUUUAAAAAUAGAUGGAAGACAACAAGCAUCUUAAGGAACUGUUGAAAUGUUUCUAGAAGUCUUGCCUAUAGAUAUUGCAAGAGAAAUUGAACCUGCUCCAUUGUAGGCUCCAUUACCAUAAGAAUAUGAGGUAAGAUUAAUCAUUUGGGAAACUUUUGAAAUUCCAAAGGUAGCUACUAAAAAAGUUGUUGAUAUAAUGGUAACUGUAGCUAUGGAUGCUUCAGCUACAGGAAAAGAUGCUGAAGUAACCAAAGAAACUGAUGUACAUAAUGGUAGUGAAAAUGGUGAUGGAUCUUUCUCUUUUCGUAUGAGAUUUCCUCUUGUUAUUCCAUGUCCAUUUCCAAGAUUAAAGAUGACCGUUUAUAAUUUUUCACCUUUUGGUUCAAAUGAAUCCCUUGGAGAAGCAACAAUGUCAUUAAAACCGUAAUCAACUAUAUUUAAACUUUAGAAUUAUUAAAAGACUUUCCAGGGAUGGUAAAUAUGAGAUGCCUCCUACUAAAAUCAAACUAUCUCAUCCUAAUUAUCCAGGUUAAAAUAGAGGUUAAGUACUUAUUCAAAUGAAGAUACUAACAAAACAAUAAGCAGAUGGUUAACCGGUUGGAGAUGGGUAAGAUGAACCAAAUGAAGAUCCCUAUUUAGUCAAACCAACUGAAGGAAGAGGAUUAGCAGAUUUUUUCAAAGGAGCAGGUUUUGGAAUGGGCAAUUUUAUGCUGUAUGUCAAAAUAUUUGCUGGAGUUUUUAUCACUGUUGUGGUUGUUAUGAUUUUAUUCAUUAAACCAGGCAUUUUAGUUAAUUGA